CCUUCUUCCCCAAAUAUAUGCACAAAUUAAACAGUUAGAUGCAUGAUAUCCAAAAGGAGGAGCAGAUUAUUGAAACAAAUUCCCUCCCCCUUCCCUUCAUUCUCCCAAUCCAUUAGUUAUUAGUUAUACACACCUAGCUACUGGCUAGGUAGCUGCCCUGCCCCUGUUUUUGUCGGAUUUCAGUUGGUCAAGAUAUUUACUAUCGAUAAUCUUGACCUGCCAAGCACGAAACGAACUGAUUGAUCUCUUCGCGCACACAGAGUUGGUUUUUUAUUUUAUUGUCAUCGUCUGAUCGGUGGAAAUUGUUAAGAGAAAUAUUAAUUAUGUCUGGAAAGUUGCAAUGGAGGAUCGACAACGUUGCUGAGGGAACCUCAAAGGCAUUGGUGCCUGAGCCGCCGAGGCUGAUUUCGAGAGUCUGGGCAGGGAUCAAGUGUGUGCUACUGCUUGGGUGGGCCAUACUGGCAGCUGCCAAGUUCCUGGAGAGAGCCUGGAAAAUGGGAGUGGCUGAGCCUAAAAAACUGAUUCAUGGGCUCAAGGUGGGGAUGGCACUCUCCAUGGUGUCCCUCUUUUACUACAUGAGGCCCCUAUAUGAAGGUGUUGGAGGCAAUGCUAUGUGGGCCGUUAUGACUGUGGUGGUAGUAUUCGAAUACACCGUCGGUGCCACUCUGUCCAAAAGCAUCAACAGGGCAACAGGAACAUUUCUUGCCGGGUCACUAGGAGUGGGUGUCCAUUGGGCGGCCAGUCAAUCAGGCAACGUCUUGGAGCCCAUAAUUGUCGGGAUUUCAGUCUUCCUUCUCGCUUCAGCAGCAACAUUUUCCCGGUUUAUUCCAACAGUCAAGGCCCGAUUUGAUUACGGCGCACUCAUCUUUAUCCUGACGUUCAGUUUAGUAUCUGUUUCGGGGUACCGGGUGGAAAAAUUGGUAGAGAUGGCCCACCAAAGACUAUCUACAGUAGUUAUCGGGACUUCAUUGUGCAUUAUCACGAGCAUACUUGUCUGUCCCAUUUGGGCGGGUGAUGAGCUUCACAGUCUCACUCAACGAAACUUGGAGAAGCUUGCUUCUUCCCUGGAUGGACUUGUUGCAGACUAUUUCAAAAGCGGUCAUUAUGGCGAUGAUAGUAAAGAAGAUAAUCCUUCCAAGAAUAUACAAGCAUACAAGUGUGUGCUCAACUCAAAGGCAAACGAAGAAUCCAUGGCCAAUUUUGCGAGAUGGGAACCAGCACAUGGCCGAUUUAGUUUUCGACACCCAUGGAAGGAGUACCUCAAGAUCGGAGCCCUCAUGCGCAAUUGUGCUCAUUGCAUCGAAACUCUCACUGGCUGUAUUGAGCCAGAAGUUCAGGAACCGGAGCAUCUGAAGAGACACCUGCACAACGCAUGCAUGACAUUGUGCCGUCAUUCAUCUAAUGUCCUGAAAGAACUCGCACUCAUGAUGGAAACCAUGACAAAAUAUUCCGAGUUAGAUUUGUCAGCUGGGGAGAUGAGCUUUGCAGUUCAGGAGCUUCAAGAAGCUUUGAGAUCUCUGCCUACCCACCCACAGCUGAUGUUAAUACCUACAGAUGGGAACCAUAGAAAGCUCGGAAGUAAAGUUGGUGGCCAUGGACCACGUCUCCUAGAUGUUCUUCCACUGGUCACAGUGGUAUCAUUGCUGAUAGAAACUGCAGCAAGAAUUGAAGAUCUCGCUGAUGGAGUUGUAGAGUUGUCGAAGAAGGCUGAUUUCAAGAUCCAGAAAGAAAAGAAGCCAAACCAAGAUCAGAAAAGUGACAACCAUGUCAUAGAAUUCCCAGACCAAUAUAAAACUGUGAAGGGCCCUUCUUCUUCUGAUUAAGCCGAUAGAGGAGAGAACCUUAUUCUCCACCUUAAUUAUUUGUAAAGAUGACGCACACUGUUGGGCACCUUUUGAUUUCCAAACCUGAGCUUGGU